UUUUCUUCACAUGAAAUGCCUUCUAGUUUCUUGGAGAUAUUGCAUUCUAAUUUCUUGGAGAAACUACAGUAUAUCUGGGAGCAAGCUGAGUUCGACAUCAUUGGACGUAAAACGAGGAUUAGCCUCCAUUUUGAUCUUAAGAAGCAGCAGAAGAAGCUUCGCCAUGCAUUUUCAUACAGCUGGAGACUGUGGUCCUUACCAGAGAUCAAAGACUGUUUGGAAGAGGCUGGAUUCAGAUCCAUCCACAUUUGGAUUCGGCAGAUGCCGGACACCGAAGAGAUUAGAAGUAUAGAGGGGUUUGGCGCAGGAAGUGAAGUGAAAUAUGAGGAGGUCGAAACUUUUCAACAAAAGGAUUCUUGGAACGCAUAUAUUGUUGGUGUUUCAUAGUUUUGAGCACCCAGAAAUUCUAUGAUCUUGGGCAUUCGAUUUUCAUGUCGUUUUCGUUGGUGUCUGAAACAAAACUAUAGUAGCAAGGGAGACAAGGUAGGCAAAUAAGGUAUUUCCAGCUCAUCCCAUGAUUGCUAAUGUUCUCUUUUUUAGUUCUUACAGUUCAUUGGUCAAAGUUCCUCCAAUAUGAAGUGGUUUCUUAGCUGCAGUAUGGUAUACCUUACCACAGUUCUAACUGUGAUUUUUCCUCCAAGGUUCUACUUAUAUAGCUGAGUGCAAAUUCUAAUUUUUAUUUUUUGGCA